AAGUAUAUCUCAAAACAUUAACAUAUAAUAAUAAUAAUAAUAAUAAUAAUAAUAAUAAUAAUAAUAAUACGAUUAUCAAAUACUUAUAUUAAAUUAAAUAUAGAAUUAAAAUAAAAAUGAACAUUUACAAAAUUAUUGGGUAGAUAUCAUCAAUCUAUCAUAGGGAAAACUACAAUAAAGUCCCUAAGUAUUGCCCGUAUAAUCGAUUUAGCCCUUAUAUAUAUAUUUUUUUUUUGCAAUUUAGUCCUAAAUACCUGUAAACGUAAUCAAAACGAGAUAUUUAAUAGGUUAGCCGGUAUCCCACCUUACGUGUACAAGUGAGUUUUACCCUUCCAUUUCCAUUGCAUUCGACGUCUGGUAAAUCGAUUGAGAGAAAAAGAUAGGGUUUUUACAGAGUGAUACACAAAAUAAGUAAGGUUUUACUGAGAGAAACGAAGGUAAAACCCAAUGGUUGUCGAAUCAGAAGAAGUUCGCCAUGAGUCAUCUGAAGAAUACGACUCUGAAGAAUACGAAGAUGAUGACGAGGUGCUCGAUACUGAGCACAUAGAUGUGGAACUGGAAGAAGAUGAUUUCAAGACACAGGGUAAAGAGAGAUGCAAGGAUGCUUUCCUUAACUUCAGUUCUGAUUAUGAAGAUAAUGAAGCCGAUGAAGACAAUGACUUAGUUGAUGAAGAUGAAGAAGGGUUUGGUUCAGAAGAGGAAAUCGAUGACACAGCAGGGGCUAAUGAUCUUGAUUUGGGAGAUGCGGUUGGUGCAGGCUUCCCCAUUCACGACCCAUCAGUUAAGUGGAAUAAGAUGAAGCCCCUUCUUGGUGAAAGGUAUGAAUCACCACAUCAGUUGCAACAAUGUCUCACUAAUUAUGCUAUUAAGUCAGGGUAUAACAUUAAAUUUGCGAAGUGUGACACUGUGAGAUUAACUGCCAAAUGUGGUUCUAAGAUGAAGUCUCAACCCUGCCCAUUCAGAGUUCAUGCUUCCUGGAUGACUCAAGAAAGGUCUUUUCAGAUUAAAACCUUAGUCGAUGAGCACAAAUGUGUUAGAAAUUUCAAUAUUUCAAAUUUACUGAGUCCCAGAUGGCUAGCAAGACACUUUUUGAAGGAGUUGAUAAUGAAACCUAACUUGAAGUGUAAGGAGAUGCAAUCAAUAAUUAGGACCAAAUUUCAUUGUGGUGUAUCUUGGUCUAAGGCUUACAGAACAAGGUGUAGAGCAAUGACCAUUAUAGAUGGUAAACUUACAGAACAUUAUGCUAGGGUGUGGGACUAUUGCCAUGAGUUACUAAGGUCAAAUCCUGGUAGCACUGUCCAAGUUGGUGUCACUGUAAAUCCAGAUGAAACAACAUACUUUCACAGGAUGUAUUUGUGUUUUAAAGCAAUCAAGGAAGGUUGGAAAAUAGGGUGCCGUAGGGUAAUUGGUCUAGAUGGAUCUUUCUUGAAAGGGACAUGUAAAGGAGAAUUACUCACAGCAAUAGGGAGGGAUGCAAACAACCAAGUUUAUCCAAUUGCUUGGGCAGUUGUUGACAUUGAAAACAAAGCUAAUUGGAAAUGGUUUUUGGAACUGCUCACAGAGGAUCUUAAUCUGCUAGAUGGAGGAGGGUUUACUGUAAUUUCUGAUCAACAUAAGGGAUUGCUUGAAGCAACCAAAGAAGUCCUACCAAAUGUGGAGCAUAGACAGUGUGCAAGACACAUAUAUGCUAACUUUAGGAAGACCUAUUCUGGAGUGGAGUUCAAGAAUAUGUUCUGGGCAGCUUCCUUAUCAACUGUAGAGAGUGAAUUUCUCAGGAAAAUGGAUGAUAUAAAAGAGGUUAAUCCAAAUGCUUAUGAACAUUUGAUCGCAAGAGAUCCUCACACAUGGUGCAGGGCAUUUUUUAGGACUGAUGUAGCAUGUGAGGCAGUUGAAAAUGGCAUUACAGAGUGCUUCAACGCCAUCAUAUUGGAUGCUAGAAAGAAACCCCUUCUAGCAAUGUUUGAAGAAAUUAGGUUGUACAUGAUGGAUAGGUUCUACCAUAUGUUACAAAAGGCAGAAAAGUGGGAAUCAGUGGUUUGUCCAGCUGCUAUCAAAAAAAUGAACAAGUUUGGAGAGGAUUUGAGGAAUUGGAAUGUGAAUCCAAGUGGACCAUCUAUUUUUGAAGCCAGGAAUGGAUUAGAAGGGUUCAAGGCCAUAUAUGCAAACAAUAUACUACCUGUGAAUGGUAGAAAUUUAUGGCCUAGAACAUCAUACAUAAAGCCUCUACCCCCUUUAGCUAGAAGAAUGCCAGGGAGACCAACUCUGAAAAGAAAGAGGCAUGCCACUGAAUCUCAAGACAAAUACUCCCAAAAUAAGAUGAAGGUUACAGGAAAAGGAAGGACUGUCCAAUGCAAAAAUUGUCUUCAAAGGGGUCAUAACAAGGCAUCCUGUAAGAAUCCCAAGGUCACACCAAAACCCAAACCCAAGAAAAAAAUGGGUAGACCAAGAUUGGAUCCUGAUAUCAGUCAUUGGACUAGAGGUGGUGUAAGAGGUGGUGCAAGGGGUAGUAGAGGUGGUAGAGGGGGUAACAGAGGUGGUGCAGUGGGUAACACAGGUGAUGUAGUGGCUAACAGAGGUGGUGGAGUGGCUGAAGUUGGUGGAGUGGCUGAAGUUGAAGGUGGUGGAGUGGCUGAAGUUGAGGAUGACACUAUUCCUGAAAAAUAUUUAGUCCAUUUAUGGAAGGCAAUGCAAGAUUUGAAACAAUCACGGUAUUCAACUGAAGAAAUUAAAAAGUCACUUAGUCUGACAGAUUCACAUAUGAAACAACUCAAUGAUUACAAUGACACUAUUGAACAAGUUCUUCCUAUGUCUAUGGAAGAGGAGUAUCCACCUCAGACAGAGACACAAGAUGGGGAUGAAGAAAAUAUCCCUGAGACACAACCAGAAAGUGAGGAAGAAGAAGAAGGCAUUAAUGACACCCAUGAAUUACCAGUACACCUUAGGAUUGUGAAAAAAAGAAGGCCCUCUGAGAGGAUUGUUAAAACCAAGCUGAAGAAGAUGGGAUGUGUUGGGACUUCUUCAAAUUCACCAUUGGAGUUGGAUUAGGGUGUUAGGGUGUUAAGGGUAGUAAGGGUAUUUUGGUACAUCUUUUGUGAAUGCUACUUUUGUGCAUCUUUUGUGAAUGCUACUUUUGUAUAUCUUUUGUGAAUGCCCUUAAAUUACUGAUAACCAUAUUUUGUACAUCUUUUGUAAACACAUUGAAACAUUGUGAAUGCCCUUAACAUGGUUGGUAAUGACAUAUUGGAG